CAGCCCCAAUCUCAUAACAACACAGCUACGCUUUGAUUCGCGUCCAUGUGCAGCCUGUCCCUCGUUAUGUGUAUAGCAUAGGAUCGGAUCACUCUUUUCAACUUUGUUUUCGAAGAAUUCCUAGCGUUUCUCACGCGUUUCGGCGCGUUCUAUCACUCCCGCUAUGGACGACUCGAUGGAUGCUUCCAUCUUCGAUGUUGACGGCAGCUCUGAUUUUGAGCCUGCCCCAAAAACGAAGGCAAAGGCAACCGCUAAGGCCGUGACAAAGAAGACCACUGCCUCAUCUGCGAAGCCGAAAACAACCAAGGCUGCUGCCCCGAAGAAGCUCGCGCAGUCCAAGCUCAAUAUGACAACUACUAAAAAAGCCGUCCCGAAGAAGCGCAAGUCAAGCGAUUCGGAUGAAGAGAAUUCGGAUAUGGAUCACGACUCUUUCAACGAUGACUCCCUCCUUUCUAAUACUCCUCCCGCGAAGAAGUCGAAGAGCAGUACUGGCCCAAAAAAGUCAAGCGGGAAAGCUCUCCAGGAAAUUGAAAAUGAGAGUUUCCUCCAGUCAGCGGAAAAACCGAAGCCCGCUUCAACGACCUCUGGUGACGCCAGCGAUAGAUACCAAAAAAUUACUCACAUCGAUCACAUUUUGCUACGUCCUGAUACCUACAUUGGCUCCAUAGAAUUUCAGGAAAAUGAGAUGUGGGUGUACAAUUCGGAGACUGACGCGAUGGAGUACCGCAAAGUUAACUUCGUGCCCGGUCUUUACAAAAUAUUCGACGAAAUUUUGGUGAACGCGGCCGACAAUAAACAAAACGACAAGAACAUGGAUGAGAUCAAGGUCACCAUUGAUCGCGAAUCUGGUGAAAUCAGCGUCUGGAACAAUGGACGCGGCAUUCCAAUCGACAUUCAUAAAACUGAAGGCAUCUACGUACCAGAGCUUAUAUUCGGUCACCUUCUGACAUCAUCUAACUACAAGGAUGACCAAGAGAAGGUCACCGGUGGUCGAAAUGGCUAUGGUGCAAAGUUGGCUAAUAUCUACAGCUUGGAGUUUACUGUAGAGACAGCUGAUUCGCGGAAGAAGCAAAAAUAUAAGCAAACAUGGACCAAAAACAUGAGCGUGAAAGGCAAGGCCAAGAUCACAGACGGCUACAAAGGUGAAGACUAUACAAAAAUUACCUUUAGACCGGACUAUGCCCGCUUCCACAUGGAAGGCAUGGAUGAUGACUUCGAAGCACUUGUUAAGCGCCGUAUUUAUGAUUUGGCAGGCACUGUCAAAGGUGUCAAGGUCAAAUUAAAUGGCGAGACCAUCAAGAUUCGGAAAUUUGAGAAGUACAUGGAGAUGUACACCAAAGCCAUUCAGAACGAGACCGGAGCUUCCGGAGAGGGCGCCGAGAAGCAGACCAUUAUAAUUGAUCGUCCUCAUGAACGUUGGGAGGUUGGAUUUGCUGUGUCCGACGGCUCUUUCAAACAGGUUUCAUUCGUGAAUAAUAUUGCAACUACCUCUGGCGGUACGCACGUUAAGUAUGUGGCCGAUCAAAUCAUCAACAAACUAUUGGAGGUCAUUAAGAAGAAGAACCGAAAAGGUGUUGCUCUGAAGCCCCACCAGAUCCAGAGCCACAUGUUCUUGUUCAUCAAUUGCCAAAUUGUGAAUCCGGCCUUCACUUCACAGACAAAGGAGCAACUGACGACCAAGCCUUCCCAGUUCGGCAGCAAGUUCACCGUCAGCGAUGCAUUCCUAAGCAAGAUCGAGAAGUCCCCGAUCAUUCAGAAUAUCAUGGACUUCGCCGAGCGCAAAGCUGAUCAAAUUCUCGCGAAGUCCGAUGGCAGCAAGCGCGCGCGGAUGAAUAAUGCUAAACUCACUGAUGCAAACAAGGCUGGAACUAAGGAUGGCUGGCGAUGCACUCUGAUUCUUACGGAAGGUGACUCUGCUAGCGGUUUAGCCCUAGCUGGUCGCGCUGUUGCUGAUCCUGAUUUGAUCGGUGUAUUCCCUCUUCGAGGUAAACUUCUUAAUGUUCGCGAUGCCUCUAUUGCGCAGAUCUCAAACAACCAAGAGAUUCAGAACAUCAAAAAAUUCAUGGGACUUCAGCAUAAGAAAGAGUACACCGACACAAAGAGCUUGCGAUACGGACAGCUCAUGAUCAUGACCGAUCAGGAUCACGAUGGUUCUCACAUAAAAGGCUUGCUUGUCAAUUUCUUUGAAGCUCAUUAUCCAAGCUUGCUUAAGAUUCCCAACUUUCUCAGUGUGUUCAUCACGCCUAUAGUCAAGGUUUGGAAAGGUGAUCCAAAACACCCGAAGGCAGAGAAGUCAUUCUUCACUAUGCCCGAGUACCUCAACUGGAAGAAAGAGCCUGGUCAUCAGAAAGGGUGGGAUCACAAGUACUAUAAGGGAUUGGGAACUAGCACCAACGAAGACGCCGAAGUAUACUUCAGGGAUCCAGAUAAACAUUUGAAGCUGUUCAGGCCAAUGAAAGAGGAGGAGCAUGCGCUCAUUGACCUUGCGUUCUCAAAGAAGAAGGCUGACGCGCGUAAGAAUUGGCUACGCGAGUUUGUACCUGGCACAUAUCUUGACAUGUCGCCGAAGGAGAUCACUUACGAUGAUUUCAUCAACAAAGAGCUGAUUCUCUUCAGCAUGGCGGACAAUCUUCGAUCCAUUCCCUCGGUGGUGGAUGGUCUAAAGCCUACCCAACGCAAGGUACUUUACACUUGUUUCAGGCGAAACAUGAAGAAGGACAUGAAAGUCGUGGAGCUUGCUGGUAUUGUGUCUGGUUCAACAGCAUACGCCUACGGCGAUGUGUCGAUGCAACAAACAAUUGUUGGUCUCGCGCAGAACUUUGUGGGUUCAAACAACGUGAAUCUCCUGGAACCCAGCGGUAACUUCGGCUCAAGACGAAUGGGUGGUGCCGAUGCGGCUAGUGCUAGGUAUAUCUACACUCGUCCUUCACCGUUUGCUCGCCGCAUCUUUCACCCAGCUGAUGACGCUCUCUUGACGUACGACGAGGAUGAUGGCAAGCAGAUAGAGCCAACCACUUACGUUCCCGUGGUUCCGCUAAUCUUGCUUAACGGUGCAAGCGGCAUCGGCACUGGUUGGAGCACAAAUAUCCCAAACUACAGCCCUCAGGAUAUUGUGGAUAAUCUUAAGCGUCGAAUGAGAGGCACUUCUAAGGAAGAUAUGCUACCCAUGAAUCCUUGGUUCCGUGACUUCAAAGGUGAGGUCGAGUCAGCAGGACCCGAUAAGUUCAAGUUCAAGGGUAUAAUCCAGCAGACGGGCGACAAUGAAGUAGAAAUAACUGAAUUACCUGUGCGCAUGUGGACGCAGGACUUCAAGGACAGACUUGAAGAGGUCAUUAAGGCUGAAAAGGAGCCGUCGUGGAUCAAAGACUACCUGGAAUACAAUACACCCACCACAGUCCAUUUCGUUAUCAAAUUAGAUGAUAAACAAAUGAAGGCUACUUUAGAGAAAGGCCUUGAGGAUCGCUUCAAGCUCUCUACCACGAUGUCUACAUCCAACAUGGUAGCAUUCGAUAGCCAAGGUCGUAUUCAGCGCUAUGAAACUGUGCUGGAUAUCAUGGAAGAGUUUUAUCACGUUCGCUUGAAGUUUUAUGAGAAGCGUCGACAAUACCUUCUUGAUGAACUGAACAAGCAGCUCGAUAAGCUCACUAAUCAAGCCCGAUUCAUCCAGAUGAUUAUUGACGGUAAACUGGUCGUAUCUAAGAAGAAAAAGUCUGUCCUUAUCGACGAGCUUAAGCAGUUGGGGUUCAAGCCGUUCCCGAAAGUUGAAGACGCCAAAAAGGCCGGCGAGGACGAGGCAUACGUGGAGAACGACGAAUCCGAGGACGCUGAAGACGACACAGCAGUUGGGGCAAACGAUUAUGAUUACCUUCUGGGUAUGCCAAUCUGGUCGCUGACUCAAGAGCGUGUCGAGCGUAUCAAGAAGCAAAUUGGUGACAAGGAGCAUGAGAUCGACGAGCUUAUCAAGCUGACUCCAAAGGACCUUUGGAAUAAGGACCUUGAUGACUUUCUUGAGGAGUGGAAUAAUCAACUUGAGGAAGAAAAGUCUCGCAAGAAGAAGUUACGCAAUACGGGCCGUCGCGCUUCUGCAAAAUUGGGUAUUGGAGCUGGUAAAGCUAAGAAGAAGGCACGCCGCGGCUCUGAUGAUGACUCCGAUUUUGAAGUUGGCAAGAAGAAAUCAUCUGCCCUCAAGGCCAUUCAAGAUCGAGCAAAAAAUCGUGGUGGAUUAUGGGCUAAUUUCGCAGCGAAUGGGCCUCCCCAAGCUGUGAAAGAUGAACCUGCCCAAGCUCGCGUGACAGAAAUUGUUGAUGACGGUGAUGACUUCAUGGAUAUUGACAAAGUUGGCGCCCCAAAAUCAGCGGAAAAAGAACAUGAUUCCGAAGUCGUUGCUGUAAAGUCAAAGGGUCAGUCUGCCGAUUUUAAAACCAAAGCAAAGCCAGCCCCAAGAAAAGCCAUGCACGCUGAGUCUGAUGACUCAGAUGCCUUUCUAGCCGUUGCGGCGGAAGCUGCUGCAAAAAACUCAGUUGCACGAGCCGUUAGAGCAACACGACCUAAAUCUUAUGUCAUCGACGACAACAGCGAUGACGCAGUGUCGGAGGCCGAUGACAAACUUGGGGACAUUAGCACUUUUCUCAAGCCGAUAGGUCAGAGCACUGCUGGCUCAGGACGGACACUCUUCUCUGCUACGGCACGACCAAACAGCAGCCAGGGUUUGGCUAAUCCAAAGGGAAAGACGAAGUCAAAGUCACCUGUUGACUCUGAUGGUGGAGUAGAUGACACUGAUUAUGCAAUGUUGCUCAAAGGUUCACCACGCCGUCCAGUUGCGCCUCCAGCCAAUGACGCAUUUGGGGUGAGUGAGGACGACGAAGACACCUUGGGUCUUCCUGCUUGUAAGCCAACCAUGACGAAGGCAAAAGCACCAGCUUCAAAAGCUGCCCCAGCUCCUAAGCUGGUGCCUAAGAAGCCUGCGGCAAAGAAAACUGCUGUCUCCACGGCUCCAAAGGCCAUACCUCUGUCUCCAGCUGCAAAGGCAUAUGCUGCUAAGCAGGCCAAAGGCACUGCGUCAAAACCAUCAACUAAAGGGAAGGCAACGAACCUGGAUGAUAAUGAUGAUGAGAUAGAGGACAUUGCAAACGACAUUUUAAGUGAUGAAGACGUGGAGGUCGCUCCGGUCAAAAGGCCUGCACGGCGGGCAGCCGCGUCAAGGCCAAAGUAUACCAUUACAGCGGACAGCAGUGAAGACAAUGAGAGCGAUGAAGAGUAUUAUGAUGACAACGACGACAGUGACUAGUUUGAAAGCUGGAACCAAAAUUGCUAUGGAAGAAAUGUACCAUAUGAGAGAAAUAUUUAGGGCGGUCCACGUGUAAGGUGUUCAUUUUAGCAUAAGUAAUGACCGAUAUACUUAAGUUAUGAUGCCGCAAG